AUGGGGUCUCAAGGUUGGGGCGCCCUCCGGGCCACCUGGCGAGCGUUGAUGCAGGCCAUCCUGUCGGCACCCAGCAGCGGGCGACACAGCUUGGCAGGUAUGGUAGAUCAGGGCUCUGGUCAGCUGCUAGAGGUCUUCCGAGCGCUUGAG